AUUUCUCAAACAAAAUUUUCAUUUCUUACUCUCUUUCGUCGAUCGCUCCGAAACUGUAAGCUUCUUCUCUUCUCAGCUCUCACCAUGUCUGGUUAUCCUCCAUCGAGCCAAGGUUACGGUUACGGCGGUAACCCACCACCGCCUCAGCCACCGUACGGAUCAUCCGGCAACAAUCCUCCACCGUACGGAUCAUCAACAUCCUCGCCGUACGCUGUUCCGUACGGAGCUCAGCCCGCGCCUUACGGUGCACCACCUUCAGCACCGUACGCUUCUCCUCCAGGAGACCAUAACAAGCCUUACAAAGAGAAACCUCACGGCGCUGCUUACGGAUCUCCAUCUCCAGGUGGUUACGGUGCUCAUCCAUCGUCUGGACCUUCCGAUUACGGUGGUUACGGAGGAGCGCAGCAUUCAGGACAUGGUGGAGGUUACGGGGCUCCCCCUCCUCCUUCUUAUGGAAGUCCGUUUGCGUCUCUGGUACCGUCGGCGUUUCCUCCCGGGACGGAUCCGAGCAUCGUUGCUUGUUUCCAGGCUGCAGAUCGGGACAAUAGUGGAUUCAUCGAUGAUAAGGAGCUUCAGGGAGCUCUCUCUUCGUAUCAUCAGAGCUUCAGCAUAAGAACUGUUCACCUCCUUAUGUAUCUUUUCACCAACAGCAACGUCAGGAAGAUCGGACCAAAAGAGUUUACUUCACUUUUCUACAGUCUUCAGAAUUGGAGGUCCAUCUUUGAGAGGUUUGACAAGGACAGAAGUGGUAGAAUAGAUACAAACGAGCUGAGGGAUGCACUCUUGAGCCUUGGGUUUUCAGUGUCUCCUGUGAUUUUGGAUCUGCUGGUUUCCAAGUUUGACAAAAGCGGAGGCAGGAACAGGGCUAUCGAAUAUGACAACUUCAUCGAGUGCUGUUUAACUGUAAAGGGACUGACUGAGAAGUUCAAGGAGAAAGAUACGGCUCUAUCAGGGUCAGCUACUUUUAAUUACGAGACGUUCAUGCUCACUGUUCUACCAUUCCUCGUCGCUUGAGUGUAUGUGUGUGUGAUAGCCUAAAAACUCUGUCGUUGUCAUAUCAGCUUUUGGAUUUUUUUAGUUGAACUCCCAAGAUUUUCUUUUACCUUUCUCUCGACUUUGCCUCUGUAAGAUUUGGACGUAGCUCUCCAUAUGAGCAAAACCCUUUAUUAAAAACAAGUCUAGUCGGAUAAUAAUAAUAACGUACCUUGUUAAACCGA